AUGGGCCAUCAUCGAUCCCGUUUCCAGUCUCAUUCAGCUUCCGACCGCCACCAGAACUCACCAAUCAACCAUCUAACUUGUAUUCUCCUAACCCUCACUUCUACCUUGUUCCUCUUCUUAGUAAUACUGUAUAACGUCCCUUUCUCAUUUAGCGAUACGGGUGGUUUGGGAGAUAGAUUAUGGUUGGUACAGUUGACUAGCAGAGGGACGGAAUAUGGUUUCGGUGUAUGGGGCUGGUGUGAGUGGUCUACCAAUAGAGGUGCAUCGGAAGGGAGUUGUAUGAAGAAAUCGUUUUGGAAGAUCCCUGAAGAUGCUGGGGGAGAUUCUGUGUCAUCACUUAAUUUACCUUCAGAGAUCUCACAGUCUUUGUCGAUAUCAGCAUUCUUUCUUGUAUUCGUAUUGAUCAUCUCCACCUCGUUCCUAUUCAACCUCCUCAUUGCACUCCACUUCCACUCUCCUUCUUAA